CACCCAUAAUUGUUGGAGCGGGCUCGUGCAUUUGGCGGGUCAAAAAUUCAGCAGCAGAGGCUGAGAAUUCGCCGCCGCGAAGAUGAUGUUUUCAAUAAAGCAACGCCUGAAAAGCUCUUCCCUCAAGUUUCGGAGCUUCAUCAUAUUCAGCCAUUCUGUCGUCUCAAGGGAAUGUCCUCUUAUGUUUUGUCACUCGGGACUAAAUCGUGUGUAUUUGCCUGAAGCAACUUUCUUUGUGAGAUUUCUUAGUAAUGGCAACUCCUCAAUUUCCAGAAACUAUCACCAAAUGAGAUCAAUUCCUAGAUUACCGUGUCAAGAUCCUGCAAUGAACACUUUGCUAUUCCCAAGUUCAAUAACUUCUGGGCCUCGCGAGAUCAUUUUGCAAUGGCUCCAUGCUAAGCGCUUCUCUAGUCCAUCGAUGGAGCUGAAUACAGAGAAAGGUGUUGUCAGAUUUAGAUUUGAUCAAGAAACCAAAAAAAGAGUUGAUCAGACAAAGGCAAAGCGUGUCGUGAAGAAGUUUAAAAUGUCUAAAAAGGCAAAAUUGAAUGAACUCAGAUUUUACAGACUGAAGGCAAAGAAGAAAAUGAGAUCCCCAAAUCCUGAAGUUAGGAUCAGAUACAAACUUGACAAGGCAAAACGAAAGGAAACUUGGUUGAUUGAGAAAUUGAGAAAUUUUGAGGUACCUAAAGCUCCAGAUGAACCACAUGAUCCUGAAAUUUUAACUGAAGAGGAGAAAUUUUACUUGAAGCGCACUGGUGAGAAAAAGAAAAAUUAUGUACCGGUUGGGAGACGAGGAGUAUUUGGAGGGGUGGUGUUGAAUAUGCAUCUUCACUGGAAGAAACAUGAGACAGUUAAGGUUGUAUGCAGGCCUUGCAAGCCUGGGCAGAUUCAUGAAUAUGCUGCAGAGCUGACUCGGUUAAGCAGAGGCAUUGUUAUUGACAUUAAGCCAGACAAUACCAUAAUAUUUUAUCGUGGAAAGAAUUAUGUUCAACCAGAUGUUAUGUCUCCUCCAGAUACUCUAUCUAAAGAUAAGGCCUUGGAGAAGUAUCGGUACGAGCAAUCCUUGGAGCAUACAAGUCAAUUUAUCGAGAAAAUGGAGAAAGAGUUGGUAGAGUAUCAUGAAUAUCUUGCCCGGAAGAGAAAAGAAGAAAAGAGUUGAAGCUAAAGGUUUGAAGUUAAAUUUAUUGAGGGUGUGCAUGCAAUUCCAAAAUCUUUCUACCGCUCAAGGCAGGAGUGGAACUGAAAGAGGAAGAGAAAGAACCAUUUACCUUGCAUGGUAAAAAGAGGCUGAGUUAGAUUUUCAACCCCUCAGAAGUUGAACGAAAGGAGUAGAAUCUCGCUUUUACUCUCAUCUGAUCAUGUCUGGGAGAAAGUUAGAUAGCCUUGAGGCACAACCUUUUUCCAAUCCUCAAGCCAAGCUUGGUAUAAGGUUCACAAUUGCUACUUCCGGCUUACUGCACAGAUAAACCAAGCUUGAAUCUUGGAUAGAUUAGUGGAUGUUCCUUCAAAUGAAAGAGUUUUGUCUCUAUAUCUGUUAGCAGAAUUGUUCAACAAAGUGUCUAUAUUGACUGAAGGAGUUCAGGCGGGGAGGUUUGAUGGUAAUAACUAAUAAGGCUUGUCAGUGAAAAGCAAAGGGACUGUCUAAACUUCAUUUUGUCAUAUGUUGCUAUCAGAAGAACUUCAGCUGUGAGCUCUGGACUGUCCGUUCUAAGUAUAUUGCUUAGUGUUACAGUGCGAAGAGUUCAUGGUAACAAGCAGUCGAAAAGCAACUUACGCUUUAAACUGUCAUGCUUUAGUUUUGCAAUCAGUUUGAAGGUUUGAAGGUGUGGGUCCUCUGAUGGCCAAUGUUGCCAUCUCCUUGAACUUCGUUUUCAGAUUUAUUGACUUACUACUACAGGCAAAUGUGUUGGCUUUGAAACAUGAGGUGCUGGAGUUAUUAAUUUUUUAUUUUUUUUUUUAAAAAAAGUUUAAACCUAAGUUGGAAUGUUAAUUGGUACUACUCAUAAAGUGUACUGUGACUACGGACAGAAACAGAGCUAUUUACCGGGAAAAAAAAAUUAUCAAAGGAUUAUUUGUUCGUUUUUCAUUUCUUGCUCUUUUCAAGUCCGAAUUGGAAAGAUGAGUUAUGGUUUCGGACCUAUUCCCAUGAAUUUCAUGUUUAAAUGGAUUCGGAGUUCUUUAAAUAUAGGUUGUGAAAUUUGGAAUAUAUGCAAAAAGAAAGACAAGUUGUGGGUGGUCUGGAUUCACACAUACUACGGGAAAGGAGGACACAUAUGGGAAGCAGAACCAAAACAAGCAGCAUGGAUGGUUAGGAAGAUCUUGAAGGCUAAACAAUUCAUUAUGGAGGCCGGGAUAAGCAUCACAGAGUUUCUCAGUAUACAAAAGUUCUCCAUAAAAACCAUGUACCAAAAGUUGAGAGGGGCAUUUCAUAAAGUUCCUUGGAAACAUGUGAGUUGUGGAAACCAGGGGUGCCCGAAAUGGACAUUCAUAUUUACACUAGCUGCUCACCAAAGAUUACAUACCAAGGACAAACUUCUAAAAUGGGGCAUCAUUGACGAGCAAACCUGCCCACUGUGUACCAGAGAAAAUGAAGAUAUAAACCACCUAUUAUUCAAAUGCGACUGGUCAUCAAGUGUAUGAAACAAAAUACUGCAGUGGCAAGGGAUACAGAGAAGUAGCAUGGACUGGGAACAUGAACUAGAAUGGGCCUGCAAUCACAUGAAAGGAAGGAGACCUGAAGCUGCUAUAGCAAGAAUGACACUGGUGUGUACAAUCUACCACAUAUGGCUGGAGAGAAACAGAAGGAUCUUUCAACAUAAAAUCAGACCAGCCGAAUCUAUAGUCAAGGUGAUCAUACAAGAAGCAUGUUAUAGAGGAUACCAUAAUGUGAAGCUGAGAAGUAGGAUAGCAGAAAUGAAUCACUAUCCAUAGGUGAUUAGGUGAUAGUAGGUAUGAUGAGCCCUGUGCAUUAUGUAGUAGGUAAGUAGGAAAGACUAAGGAGUAGGUAGAUAGGGUGAAUAUGGUCGAAAAACUGGCAAUAGGAAAUGUCUGUUAGCCAGGUUGGAAAUUUAUUUGUGCUGUACAGUUAUACUUGGUAAUGGA